UUCGUCUUAUUUUCAGUUGUUUAUAAGCCGUUGAAUUGUUAAGUUGCCUAGAAUCGGUAAAUAAUUCGAACGGAUAAUAUUUGGCGGAUUAAAAAUAGCAUUUUAUUUCUUACUUGAUUUUUCUCCUGGAUAUUUGGAAACAACAAAAAUACAAAAAAAAAAAAACAAAAAUAAUGAAAAAGAAAAAAAUAACGUAAAUAAAAGAAUGUGAAUAAAAAAAAAAUUUUUAAAUUGAGAAAGAAAUGGAUGAUAAGCAAAAAAAAAAAAAAGUAAAUAAAUGAUAUCAACAUCCGCUCUUAAAGUUUUACUUGUUCUGGCAUUAAAUAAACAAAUUUCUUGAAUAUCGUGUAUAGUGUUUUGAUAAUUCUGUUAAGAAAUUUGAUCAUCUGUGAAAAAAUUUGAUAUAAAAAUAUAAAAUAUACAUAAAAGCAUUUAAAAUAUUAAAAUAUAUAAAAAAAAAUAUUUCAAAUGUGUUAAAUACCUACAUAUGUUCAUAAAUGUUCAAAGGUCAUGUUUAAAACGUUAAAAGAUAAUCUAUUAAGAAAAAAAAUUGAAAUUAAAAUACUGAAAUAAAAUAUUUUCAAAAAUAUUCAAAAAAUAACAGCAAAAGAAAAAAGUAAAUCAUUGUGUAUAAAAUUAUUAUGGCAACAAAUGCCCCUCUAAUGUUGGCAUUGCCACAAUCAAACUCAACUUCAAAUUCUAAUUCUUCAAAUAAUCUUGGAUUAAAGAACUCACCACAAGCGAUAUCAUCAAUUUUUGAUUAUAUUCAACAUUUAACUGCAGCCGUAGCAGCUUUAGCUGCAGCUACAUCAACUGAUGUUAAAGGAAAUUUGAUGGGAUGUUCAUCAGUCGCCAAUUCAUUAUUAUCAACGGCUGCUGCAUCAGGUAGUAAUGUUUCGCGUAUGGAAGAUUAUUUAGUAUCACAACAAACGGAAUUACCAGGUGGUCAUAAUUUAUCUAAUCAUCGAUCAACGCAUCAUUUACUAAGAUUUGCACCGUAUGCGUUGCAUCGGCCACAACUACAAAGUGCUCCAAUAUCACAACAGCCAUCUCUUUAUUUACCAGUAUCACUUCAUCAUAAUAAUGGUAGUUCUAGUUCCGGUAAUCCAUCAUAUUCACAUCACUUAAGUCAUCAUCCACAUUUACAUUCACACCAUCACCAUCAUCAUCAUCAUCAUCACCAAAAAAUUGGUAGCCCUAAACGUUCAAAUUCACCAUCGGUAAUCGAAGGUACACAUAUAGGUCAUUUAUAUCCCGAAAUUUUAGAAAUGAUAUUUGAAAAGUUAUCAGUGAGAGAUCGUGGAAGAGCUGCACAAGUAUGUACAUCUUGGCGUGAUGCAGCUUAUUCAAAGAGCGUAUGGAAGGGUGUUGAAGCAAAACUACAUUUAAAACGUUCCAGUCCAAAUUUAUUUCCAUCGCUAGUCAAAAGAGGUAUUAAAAAGGUUCAAAUUCUAUCACUACGAAGAACUUUAAAGGAUGUUGUUGUUAAUGUACCACAAUUAACUGAAUUAAAUUUAAGUGGAUGUUAUAAUGUUACUGAUAUGAAUUUAGGACAUGCAUUUUCAAUAGAUUUACCAAAUUUAAAAGUAUUAGAUUUAUCAUUAUGCAAACAAAUAACGGAUUCUAGUUUAGGUCGUAUAGCACAAUAUUUAAAAAAUUUGGAAACACUUGAAUUGGGUGGUUGUUGUAAUAUAACUAAUACUGGAUUAUUAUUAAUAGCCUGGGGUUUAAAAAAAUUGAAACAUUUAAAUUUACGAUCAUGCUGGCAUAUAAGUGAUCAAGGUAUAGGUCAUUUAGCAGGAUUAAGUAAAAAAACAGCUGAGGGUAAUCUAGCUUUAGAAAGUCUAGGAUUGCAAGACUGUCAACGUUUAAGUGAUGAAGCAUUAGGACAUAUUGCACAAGGUUUGACAUCACUAAAAGUAAUUAAUUUAAGUUUUUGUGUAUCAGUUACGGAUAGUGGCCUAAAACAUUUAGCAAAAAUGCCUGAAUUGCAAGAAUUAAAUUUACGUUCAUGUGAUAAUAUAUCAGAUAUUGGAAUGGCAUACUUAACAGAAGGAUGCACCGGUUUAACAUGUUUAGAUGUUAGUUUUUGUGACAAAAUAACGGAUCAUGCUUUAGCACAUAUUGCAAAUGGAUUAGAUAAUUUAAAAUCACUUAGCUUAAAUCAGUGCCAAAUAACUGAUGAAGGUAUAGAGAAAAUAGCUAAGUCAUUAAGGGAUUUAGAAGUAUUGAAUAUAGGGCAAUGUAUAAGAAUAACAGAUAAUGGAUUAAAAUUUUUAGUUGAAUCAUCUAGUGGAAAAUCAUUAAAAUCAAUAGAUUUAUAUGGUUGUACACAAUUAUCAUCGAAUGGAUUAGAUUGUAUAAUGAAAUUACCAAAAUUAUCUAAACUUAAUUUAGGAUUAUGGGUUGUAAGAUGAUGUGGGUAAGCUCAAAUUUAAGUCUGUUUAAUAAAAUUUUAAUAAAUUUUUGUAUAAAAAAUAAUUUUUACUACUUACUAUUAUAGUAAAUUUUGAGAAAAAUUGAAUUUUGUAAUUUUUUAUGAAGAAUAAAGUACAGAUAUGUUUUAUAUGGCUAGAGAUAUAUUUGAUAAAGUAAUUAAAUAAUUAAAAUAUUCCUGUAUUGUAACUUCAAGUAUGCAAAAAUUUGUCACCGAUCAAAAUUUCAUAUUUGGAUUUUUAGUUUAUCGAACAUUACUUAUUUUCCCCUAUAACACUUCUUCAAAUUAAGUCACAUUUUUUCUAAAUUAUUGUGUUUUAUUCUAAAAUUCAUUCGACCCAAUUCAAUAUUAAUGAACUUAAGAUGCUACAAGUUUGAUAAGGAAAACUACAAGAAUUAUGGAAAAUAUAUUACGAUUUUUUUUUUUACAAAAAUACUUAUUGGAUUACCGAAAUUAAUCCGGCAACAGUAUAUUCUUGUUUUCGAAAAUUUUUUAUCAUUCUAUUACUUCGCUUAGUAGAUUCGGUAUAGAAUUAUAUUCUUUGAAAACCGUUACAAUUAGUUUCCUUACUAUCGAAAAAUAUUUCAAAUUUUGAUUUGAAUUCUCAUACAAAUGAGUGUAUACAUGUAUGUCGUAUACAAGGUAUAAUUGUAUUUGUGCCAAUAGAACAAUAAUGUCUAUGUAGUGUACAUGCGCAUUUAAAUAUCGUUAUGUAAGAACCAUAGAAAUUGAUCGCACAAUUUGUACAUUUAUGAACUGUAGAUCUUUUGAAAGGUUCUAUAAGGAAUUCUACAAAUGAACAUUGCGAAAGUGCAAUUUCACUUUUAGUAAUAUCACAUUAGAAUUCAGCAUUUUUCAUUUUUUGAAUUGAAAUGUUUCAUAAUUCUUAUUUUGGAAUUAUAAUUUGAAAGAACUCAUCUUUUAUUGAAUUGAACAUGAUUUGUAGGGUUUUGAUAGAAGCAAGAGAUUAUGUGAUUAAAACGGACAAAACCUAGAAAGCCCUGAGCCGGUCUAUGAAAAAUUUAAAAAAGCUAUUCAUUCCUUGUUCUUGAUGAAUAAUGAUUUCUCAACGUAUUUUAAUUUUACAAUUUAAAUUUGACCCUUUCAGCGGAUAUGUAAAAUUAGACUACAAUUGAGUUACAAAAAAAGAUUGGGUUUGGUAAUCGUGGGGAAGAAUAAAAAAAAAUGUUAAUUGGAAUGGUUCGCUCUUCUGUAGAGCUGGCUCUUUUUAGUCUCAUUUACUAUAGUGCAAGACAAAAGUUGAUUUAGUUAAAAUUAGCUUUCUCUCAAAGGCCAAAUUGAAUUAUUCUUUAUGUAUUGUUGCAAAAUUAAACUAUUGGAGCCAUAUACGUUGUUCACUGCAGAGUAGAUUAAAAUUUUGCUAAUGAAAUUAAUAGAUGCUAUUAGUCGAUCUAAUAAUGUCAAAAAUAGUGCCAUUUCUUCAUUUAAAAACUAAGAUAAAUUCAUAAGAUCUUUCCAAUUUGAUGUUGCAUGGUUAGGUAAAUAAAGUUCCCAGCACCUGACAUUAGUUAAAACAGAUAGAUAAACAAAACAAGUUUUUUAUUUUAUUGAAAAUUACAAAAAAAAAAAUGUAAUUAUUUUUUUAUAAUAAAAUAAAAUAAACUUACAUGAAAAAAUGAUUACUCACCACAAAAUUAACGAUAAUAGCUUUCAUUAUGAUUAUUCAUCCAAUAAUAUUGUUCAUACAAAAAAUUUUCAAUGACGUUAACCUUAAAAGUGUGAGUAACAAAAAAUUUAUUGUAUAGGUAUAUAAUUUGACAGAUAUAUGUAAUAUUUUUUAGUAAUAUAAUUUGAUUUGUCAAAUAUACAUAUAUGUAAAAUUAAAGGUUGUAAAGUCAAAACAUUACAUUCAUAUUUCAUUUAUGUAUUUUACAAAAAAACUGAUGUGACAAACAUAAUUUCUUUAUUAACAAAAUGUCAUCUCAGUUUAACAAAUACUUUAACCAUGCAUUUUUCUUCAUAAGUUUGCGGUUGUCUUAUUUUGUGUUAUUUUCCAUUGGCUGAAUAAGUUUAUUAAUGUUCAAUUCAAUGAUUUCAAAUCAUAAUUUAACAUGUCGAAUUAAAAUACUAUUAUUACCAAAUAUUUGUAAUUAACAAAUUUUUGUUAAAAUUAUUGAAAAAUUUCUGGACAGGCGUUGAUAGCGGCGAUAUUUUGUUCAUAUCCCAUUAUGAACUUAGUCAUACAUCUAGUAGUGAUGCCUUGGAUUGAAAUUAUUAAUCUAACUUACAUUUGUGUGACACUGUUCAUGUAAUAUUUACAAUGUUUCAGCUUCAAAAAAUAAAUUCUAUUAAACAUUAGCUAUCGUCACAGUAUACACUACAAUCAUUUUUCUUAUUAAAAAUGGAACUUUCUCCCUUUGAAUGAUUCUUCUCGAAAUUGAUCUAUUCAUAUCGUAAUAUGUUUUCCGAUAUUGUCUUUGUUAUUCUUCAGAAAACAUUAAUUGUUAUUUCACAAAUUUAGUCAUAUUUAAAAAUUUAUUUUUGUCAGAACUCUUUAAACUUACUUGUUCAAUACUUAAUAUAUGAAAAGCCUUUGUAACACUUUGCCAUACAGGAGCAUUUUUUACUGAUUACACUUUAUCAAAUACCACAUUAUACCUACAAAUUAUUGUUACUCAAAAUUUAUAGUACCUAUAAUAGUAAUUAUAAAAAUUACGGAAAAAAACUCACAAAAUAAUUUAUACAAUAUCUUUGAAACUGAAAGCAUACUAUUUACUAAA